GAAAUGAAUAUGUACUGUAAUCAUUAAGCGGGGGAUACAGAGAGGUCACAGCAAAAACCCUCUUUUACAAAAGAUUAAGCACAAAUCUAGGGUUCUGGAAAGCUUGGUCGUUGAUGGAUACAAUCUGCAAAGUUGAGAUUCAUCAUGGGGGCAAGUUUGAAACGAGAGAAGGCGUCUACUAUUACAAGGGAGGUACAAUCGAUAAUAUUUACAACGUUGAUGUGAGUGCACUAACUAUUGAUCGUUUUCUUAAUUUUUUACAUGACAUUGGGUAUGGCAAUGGUCUGAAACUGUACUACCAAAACCCCUUAACCACUGGUAAAGAAAGUUAUGUAUUUCUUUGGAAUGAUGAAUCAGUUAGAAAACUUCACAGAGAUGCUCUGUCAUUAGGUUAUGUGUCUUUAUUCGUUGAUCAUUGUGCCGAAGAAAAACAAAAAAAUGUUGUAGAGGAGCAUGUGAGUUCUGCGGACAAUGAAGGAGAUGAUUCUAAUUUUGAGGAUGAGGAUUACAGUGAUAGUUCUGGAGAUGGGGAUGAGUUUAUUUCUGAUAAUGAUAUUGAUAUUGAAUCAGAUGUUGACGAUGAAUUACAGAGUAUUAGAGAGAAUAAAAAGAAGUUACUGGAUGGACAAAUUGAUCCUCUGAAGGAGGGUAAUCUGACCGACAUGCAUAUAAAUAACGGUGAUUAUAAUGCUCCAGUGCACCCAUUGUAUCUAAAUGAUCAGCAACAUGUGGACCAGCAUGAAAGGCAUGAAAAAUGGUGUGCGAAACAAUAUGAUGAAUACAUGGGUGACAUGCCACAGUGGAAUGAGUUGGUGCCGUAUGAACUGGACUUGCUUGGAAAUAUAUUUCCUCAGUUUGAAGAUAACAAUGUUCUUGGGUGUGAGAGAGUUGAUAAAAUGAUAGAGGAUGGGGAGUUGAUAAAAAAACACAGAAGAAGGGAGGCUGAUGAAGAGGGGGGUGGUACCAAACUCUCAAAAAAAGGUAUUCUUAUGAGGUGCAGUAGGUGUCUGGUAAUUGGUCAUAAUAGAGCUACUUGCAAAACUUCAGAAGCAGAGGUGCUAGAAAAUCAGAAAAAGGCAGCGGAAGCCAAAAAGGCUCAAAGUGUAGCUGCAAAAGCACAUUCUCUGAGAAAUAAACAGAAUGUUAGAAAGAAAACACAGCAGACCAAAGAUGGACAUACACGUACAUCAGCAAAUCCUGGGCAAAAAAAAAAGGCAACGACAAGUACAGAACCUCCAGCGCAACCAAAGAAAAGAGGAAGGCCACCAAAAGCAGCUCCCCCAGUUCAGAAGGUGAAAAAAACAUCUGGUGUUGGUGUAUUUGUGGGAGAUGAUGGGCACACCUACUUGUCUUCGUCAACAACCACAAUGAAAGUCACAAGUUGACAGCCUACUUGUGCCAAGAAAUGAGGAGCAGAACGAUUAAAUCUCUAUAGCUUUUGUUUAUGUUAGUAAAACUGAUAUGAUCAUGAACUUGUUUCUUGAUUUUAGUAUAAAGUGCCAAAAUGAACCUGGUAUUUUGGAAUGGUCAGAUGAAUGAAAUGGUCAUGAACCAUGCUUUAU